AUGAGUGGAAAUGGAGGUACCAAAUUGAGCAAGAUAUCGUUUCGUCCCCGUCCGAUUGAUGUGAAUAAGCCACUGCCGAUUAUUCGUACAGAGAUUGACGAUGACGACAGUCGAGCGGUGCCACUCAUGCCCACGGGUAUGGAGUCCAACGAAGAGUCAGAGUUGCAUUUGCAAGAGCUGCUCAGCGCCAGUACACAGAGAAAGGUGACGGACAGUCCGUUGCCCGAGAUUCCCAUUCCGGUGGUCAAGAUUGUCGACGGCUACGACGAUGCCGCCAAUCCACAUCCAUACGCGAUGGGGUCGACCUAUGUGCUGUACUCGCUGCGCAACGACGACGAGCUCGACCAGAUUGUCGAUCCGAAUCUACCGGCACUGUUGGGCAGAAUACGGAUUGGAAGAUAUGGAGGCACAUACAUAGACUAUAUACCACUUGAUCAUCAAACAAAAUUAGACUUUAUUAAACAAAAACAAAGAGAUCAACAACAAUUAUUAUUAAAACAAAAUCAACCAAUUGUUAAACCUCCUCCACUUUUAAAAUUAAAUAUAAAUUUAGAUAAUAUUAAUAAUAAUAAUAUAAAUAUAAAUAAUAAUAAUAAUAAUAAUAAUAAUAUAGUUAAUAUAAAUAAUAAUAAUAAUAAUUUAAUAAUACAAUCAAUAAUACCUCCAACAUCACCACCAUCAUCAUCAUCAUCAGAAGCAUCAUCAUCAACGACAACAACAAAUACUAACACUGAAAAUAAUAAUAAUAGUCAAAAUAGUUUAAUUAUUAAUAAUGAAAAUAGAGAUAGUCAAUCAUCAAUUUUAACAACGCCACCAAAUAAUACUAAUAAUGAUAAUAAUGAUGAUGAAGAUAUUGAUAUGGAUAAUAAUAAUAAUAGCGACAAAUAUUUUUCCAACAGCAACAAAACAAUAUUAGAUAAUACCACCAACACAAACACCACUACCACCAGCAAUAAUAAUAGUAAGAAAGAUCCGAAUCCUUCACAUUUUUCAAAAAUAACAGACUACUUUACAAAACACGAAAGUAGCUCGAAUGGUGAUCACAACAACCACCUUCAACAACAACAAGAAAAUACUAAUACCCAACACCAUGAUAGUAGCACCAAUCAUAGUAGUAAUAUAUAUUCUCCCUCUUCAGUUCGAUCAUCUAGUAAUGGAGGAAGUGUAAAUGGAAUUCCAUCCAGUAGCAGCAGCAGCAGUAAUAACCAUAAAAAAUUUAAAACAACCAAAAAUAGCAAUGGAACUUCGUCAUCACCUUCUUCUUCUUCUACCAAAAAAACCAAACAUUCAUUAACGACACCAAUCACCAAUCCAAUUGAACAGUACUUGAUAAAGAAGAUCCCUUCGACACCUUCAAUAUUAUUUUCAUCAGGUGUCGAUGAUCUUGUAUUGGUCAGUUCACCAUCAAACAGUGAACUUACCAGUCAGAUUGGCGCUAGAUUCGACAGAGAAAUGAUUUACACCAAUAUUGGUGAAGUAUUGGUUGCUGUCAAUCCAUACAAACAACUCCCAAUCACUGGUCCAGAGUUUAUCAAGAUGUACCAAAAUUCCAGUGGUGCUGAGCAAGCUCCACCCCAUAUUUUUGCUCUUGCUGAACGUGCCUACAGAAGAUUGGUAGAUGAUAAUGAAUCACAAUGUGUCAUUAUUUCAGGUGAAUCUGGUGCUGGAAAGACUGUAUCUGCUAAAUUGAUUCUUCAAUAUGUAACAGCUGUAUCUCCAAACAAUUCAUAUGGUGCGAUGAUGUCAAAUGCUAGUGGUGGUGGUGGUGGAGGAGGUAUUCCACAAUAUGAUGGUGGUAGUGAUGAUUAUGAUAAUGGUGGUGGUGGUAUGCCAGGUCGUGGUAGAGCCAUGCCAGGUAUGAUGUUACCAAGAGGUGGUGCUCCUCCUCUUCGUGGCGCUCCUCCUCCACGUGGUGGUGCCCCUCCUGGUCGUGGUGCUCCACCUCCACGUGGUGGUGCUCCUCCAGGUCGUGGUGCUCCACCCCCACGCGGUGGUCCUCCACCUCGUGUAGCUCCACCUCCAUCCUCUUCCUCUUCAUAUGGAGGAGGAGAUGAUAACGGUCCACAAAGAACUGUUAAUGCUCCACCUCGUCGUGGUGCUCCUCCUCCACGUGGAGGUGGUGGUCGCGGCGGUCCCCCUCCUCGUGUCCCACCCCCAUCCAGUCGCGGCGGAGGUGGCGGCGGUGGUGGUCGUACCACUGAUGUUGAACACAUUAAAAAGGUUAUCCUCGAAUCCAACCCAUUGAUGGAAGCUAUUGGUAAUGCCAAGACUGUCAGAAACGACAACAGCAGUCGUUUUGGAAAUGUUUGA